AACAAAAAAAGAAACAGGGGGAAUCGGCCCACCCACCAACCGCAUGGCAGAGUGCGACGGAGGAGACGGACCGGGGCGGUGGGGCAGCCUCUGUUCUCUUCCCCGGAGAAGAAAUCUUUGUCGUCUUCCUCCCCACUCAUCAAUCGGGUUUCUUCUUCUCUCUGAUUUCUACCGACCCGUUUUCUGUUUUCGCUCCUAGGAAUUCUCUAAUAAUAUGCUGUUCUUCUAACUUCUUCUGAUACACACUGUUCUCUGCAAAUCCAUCUCCCGUUACCUUUUCCUUGGUGCGUUUUCUUGAUUUUACGCUUUAAGAAUGGAAUCUUCAAAACCCUCGGAACAAGACCCCAGCUCCAGUUCUGCUGAGCAUGGCGAUUUUCCUCUUCCGCCUCAGGCUGAUUUUAAUUUGGGAGAUUCUGCAAAAGCAGCAGCUGUUACCCCAAGUCCAUCUGCAAGGAGUUCAGAUCUAUCCCUUCAAAUACCUCCAAGGAACAUUGGCAUUGGGAACAGGAACCACACCAAGGGCUUGCUUCAAUCUCCAGAUGUUCCAAAGGGCAGUUCAUCAAGUGGGGGAUUUUUUCGGGGUUUAAGCUUCAAGAGAAAAGCAGCUGCUAGUGCUACACUUGAUAGUGAGAGAAGCUCUCUUCUCCGUUUGGAUCCCAAACUUGCUCCAGAAAGCCCUGAUUUUGCAAAUUCUCGUUCCAGUUUGAACGGGAAAAGAUGUACGUCUUUACCCGCGACGCCUGCUUCAAACUCGUCUCCUUUUCCUACUCCCACUUGUGCAAAGACUUUGAGUGAACGGCAAAAAUCGCAAUCACUGAGGAUAGGUACAUCUCAAGCUACUGUCACAAGAUCACUUUCUAUUGUUAUUGUUAGAUCAUCAUCUUUUUCCACCCGUGAAGAGCAAUCCACUGAUACUGGUGAUGGUAUGCCAUUUAAAUCUCUGUUUGGAUUCUAGUGUUGAGUGUAUUUCAAGAUCCUUCUUGUAUUUGCAGAAGAAAUAUCCUUGAAGCCUUGAUUCUGCAUUAUGGAAAAAUCAGUUGAUAAAGGAAGUUGUUUUGUUUUUAUAGCUUUUACCUCAGAAAAUGAAAUAUGAUUAAUGUU